AUGUCUCCCUUCGAUAUACCUGACAUUCCCCAAGAUCUGCGACUGCAAUGGAUGCAACUUACCGGUUCUAGGACUCGCGAUCUUCGCAGCCUGUAUACCAGAUACAACAUGAUCCAUAUUCCCAUCCUAGAUGUCCGAUCCUUUUGCCGGCUAGCCAUCGCAGAAGCCAGAGUGGCCAAGGACGGCGACGAUCUGUGCCAAAGGGCAGAAAACGUGGUUGAUCAACAGCUCAAAGUCCUUUACUCAUUGAUGCAUCGUAUCUAUUGCGACAGCCACGACCCGACUCAAACUUCCUUGUCAACAGACACUGCCGCCUACGUACACAGCGCCUGCGUAUCAAGCAGCCUGCAAGCCAUGGUCGAAGCCAUAUGCAAAAUGGUGUAUUCUCGUCAAGGUGGGCCGGACGACCUCCAGAAUAAUCCACACGUCGAGUUGGGAGGGAACGACGAAACGGAUAGUAAUGGGGAUGAGGAGAGCGAUUUUGCGCCGGAAACACAGUACUUGCCCGCAGAAUAUGGCAUCAUUGAUGAUGAUUCGAGCGAUGAGUGGUAUCUAGGGCAUGGCAGCAGAGAUGUUCAGGAGUUGGGGGAUGCAUCGUUGCUACCAUCACCAUCUGCGAGGAAAAGAAGCCCUCGAGAAACGUCGUUGAUAUCACCUACGUCAUCGACUAUUGAAGAGCCGCUUCCAUCUGAUACACCAAGAACCAGUGUCGCUGAAACGUCACCCUCGCACACAUCAUUGGGACCAAGCAUACCCAAACAUCGGUCAUCAUGUCCCUCCCAUGCUAAGAGGGAAACCAUAGCGCAUAGUGAGCCCGUCGAUAAUGAUACCCAGGGGACGAAACCAGAGAGUCACUUGGAUGGAAUCGAAAGCGAUGGCUCAAAUACCGAAAAGAGCCUAGAAGCAUUGCCCUCCCCGAAUUCAUCUCCAAAUCACCAAAGCUCGAAAGUGACCCCAGAAAAUACAUCACACAACUGCAACAUGGCAUCUAAUACGACGAUUGGGAGUGCCGAUCAUUGUAGGGAUAGCUCGCGACUAAAUGGGAAAAGAAAGCGGCGCGAUGAAGAUGGUCACUCAUCAUUGAAACGAACUCGUUCAGAAUAG